AUGUCCAUGUCAUCAGGUGAUAUGUCCAUGGGCUCCAUGUCCAUGGGAGAUGGCGUCCCAGGUCUUUUCUACAUGCAGAAGAUGUACUGGGCUGUUGUAGGAAGUGCCAUCGCUGCAGCCACAGUCGUGAAUGUUAUAGAUCGAUUAAUCGCAUGGAACAGACUGCGAGAUUCAUCUUCAACCCCCGCAAAACCUAAAAACAUUCUUCUCAACACCUAUGCCACACUCACAGCAGCAGUGCGAGAGAUCAGCUAUGUCACUAUCCACCCAAUAUCGCUGGGCAAAUAUACCCUGCACUUCCCACCACUGGGACCGGUCUUACUCAUUCUCGCCAACAUAGUCCUCAUUUUGGUCCUCUGUUUCUACAAACUUGACACCGCAGACGUAUGGAAAUGGGAAGACAUUGGCUACCGCACCGGGUUCAUCACAAUCUGUCAACUCCCACUCAUAUUCCUCCUAGCUGGUAGGCAGAACAUAAUCGGCUUCCUCGCCGGAAUGAGCUAUGCGAGAUUGAAUUGGUUCCACAGAUGGGCCGCUCGCAGUCUUUGGCUGACAGCGACCAUUCACAUGGGAUUCUGGUUCCGCGAUUGGGCUCGUUACGACUAUAUCGUCUACCAGCUGCAGAACGAUCCACUAUCCAAGAGGGGGUUCAUCGCGUGGUGUAUCCUGACAUUCAUCGUGCUCACAUCGUCCGCGCCGGUUCGCAGACUCAGCUAUGAAAUUUUCGUCCUGCAGCAUGUGCUCACGUUUGUUGGCUUUAUUGUUGCGGUAUGGUUUCAUGCGCCUCAAGAGGUCAAGCUUUGGGUUUGGAUCCCCAUUGGACUGGUAGUCUUUGAUCGAGUCGCUCGGUAUACCUGGGCUGCAUAUACUAAUUUGGCCAUCUUCCAUCGAAAGACAAGUAAUAAUAUACUUUGGAAGCAUGAGGCCUCGUUCGCACCCUUGCCGGGCAAUGUCACUCGAGUAACUAUCCAGAAUCCAAGCGUUCACUGGCAGCCAGGACAACAUGUGUUUUUGACAUGCCACUCCAUCGUCCCGCUCCAAAGCCAUCCGUUCACUAUCGCUUCAUUGCCUAGCGAUAAUAAAAUGGAAUUUUUAAUUCGCGCCGAAAAUGGCGGAACAAGACGCUUCUUCAAGUACGCUUCGAAAAAAGAUGGUUUGCUUGGUAUCAGCGAAGCUCCUUCGACGCGUGCAAGGGUGGUAUUCAUCGAAGGACCCUACGGCUCUUUACGUCCACUUCGUCAAUUCGAUAGCGUUGUCCUCCUUGCCGGUGGUAUGGGUGCUACAUUCAUAAUACCACUUCUUCGGGAUAUUGUAUCCGCCUGGAAGGGGGUACAAGGUUCUAAAUCUGGACAAUUGGCCGCGACGAAGCGUAUACGGUUCAUAUGGGUGAUAAAGUCCCGUUCCCAGCUGAGCCUGUUCGAAACCCAAAUACAAGGCGUGCUGGAAGACGUGGAGGGAUGUCGCCGUACACAUCCAGGAUUUGACAAGCAGAUAGACGUCAGCAUCUACAUGACCUGCGACGAGAAGUUAGACCCACCGGUUCCAGCCAGGGUAGCGAUUCCAGACGAGACGAUCACGAAUGAGAAGAUAUUCGAAGAGAAAGACAUCAUCUCAAUCCGUGAAGAUAUCACAUCCACAUCCACUGUAGCAGCAACAGGGAAAUGCUGCGCUCCUGGCGGAGGAUGCUGCUGCACGAAGGAGAUCAGAAACGAAGACGAGAUUGAAUCCAGCAGGGUAUGUAACUGCUCUGGUCCAGCGGUACCAAACACAACCGAGACAAAACCUCCUAUAUUCCCCAGUCUUACACUUCUAUCGGGCCGUCCUCACCCACGCACAAUUAUACAAAAGGUGCUGGAGCAGGCAGAAGGGGAAAGUGCAGUCGUUGUCUGCGGCCCUCGCGGAUUGGGUGACGAUGUCCGCCGCAGUGUGGUGAGUCUCAGUGAUGAGAGAGCGGUGCACAAAGGGACCGGAGCACAAGGAAUAUACUUGCAUGUCGAGAAUUUUGGCCUCUAA